AUGAGCGGCAGAGGCAAAACCGGUGGUAAGGCCAGAGCAAAGGCAAAGACUCGUUCAUCCAGAGCCGGGCUUCAGUUUCCCGUCGGCCGUGUUCACAGACUUCUUCGCAAGGGUAACUACGGAGAGCGCGUCGGUGCUGGAGCUCCAGUUUAUCUCGCCGCUGUGCUCGAGUAUCUUACUGCUGAGAUCCUGGAGUUGGCUGGAAACGCCGCUCGUGACAACAAGAAGACUCGCAUCAUUCCCCGCCAUUUACAGCUGGCAGUGCGUAACGACGAGGAGCUGAACAAACUCUUGGGUGGCGUGACCAUCGCUCAGGGCGGUGUGUUGCCCAACAUCCAGGCUGUGUUGCUGCCAAAGAAGACCGAGAAGCCCGCUAAGGCAAAAGUGAAGCUGAUAACGAAAAUGAGCGGCAGAGGCAAAACCGGUGGUAAGACCAGAGCAAAGGCUAAGACUCGUUCAUCCAGAGCCGGGCUUCAGUUUCCCGUCGGCCGUGUACACAGACUUCUUCGCAAGGGUAACUAUGCAGAGCGCGUCGGUGCCGGAGCUCCAGUUUAUCUCGCCGCUGUGCUCGAGUAUCUUACUGCUGAGAUCCUGGAGUUGGCUGGAAACGCCGCUCGUGACAACAAGAAGACUCGCAUCAUUCCCCGCCAUUUACAGCUGGCAGUGCGUAACGACGAGGAGCUGAACAAACUGUUGGGUCGCGUGACCAUCGCUCAGGGCGGUGUGUUGCCCAACAUUCAGGCUGUACUGCUGCCAAAGAAGACCGAGAAGCCCGCUAAAGCAAAAUAAAUCAAGGUUUCACCAAAAGUAUUAACAAAAAGGCUCUUUUAAGAGCCACCCACUUGAACUAUAAGAGAGCGAUGUUUAGAGAUUUCAAUGUACAGGGUUGCAUGUGUGUGUUGAAUGGAGCACAAAUAUAAAACUAUGGGUAAACUGAUGAAAGCAGUUUUCACACUGGGCUCAGGGAAUCUCUCAUUUCUUACAACAAACACUUUCAAGACUUGUUUCUUAGCGUGUUUUUUACUGUGCCCUUUAUAUUAGCGGUGUUUGCAAUUGUGAAUUGUUUGCAGAGCUUCUAUGAA